AGAAACAUUUUGAAAGUAAGCGGCAGUUCUGUCUGGUCUCCCCGAUAACAAUGGUCUCUCUUGUUUUUACUGACAGAAAGUUAAUCUUUUUUCAACAAAGCAAAAUAUGCGAUUUUCUUCGAGCAAUAAUAUUGUAGAAAUGGUGAACGCUUUUCUUCUGUUAUUCAGCUUUGCAGUCCCGGCAGUAUAUUGUGGAAGUCACUCUCUGCAGUAUCAUAUAGCCCUGGUAUCAAACCGUAUCUAUGGUGUUCCUCAGUUUUCAGUUAUUAUGUAUGUGGACGGCAUACAGUAUGGAAGAUACAACAGUGACGUACAAUAUGCCCAGGCUUUUACUCCAUCACUGAAUGUUCUUUCUGAGCACAUAGAAAAGCAGACCAAAUAUGCUCAGGAAUAUGAAGUCUGGCAAAGACACAUGCUGAAAUUUCUAAUGGGAUUUUUUAACAAGACAAAUAGUAAAGGUAAUGAGGAUAUCCAUAUCUACCAGAGGAAGUCAGCCUGUGAGCUGCAUGAUGAUGGCACCAUUGGUGGAUACCAGGAGAUUGCCUUUGAUGGGAAGGAGUUUUUCAUUUUUGAUAAGAAGAGGGUGAUGUAUUUGCCCGUAUCACAAGAUGCUGUGAUGGUGUCUCGUCUAUGGAAUAUACGUUAUGAUGCAACUGAUAGUAAGGAGUAUAUAGAGAAUGAAUGCAUUGAACACCUGAAGCUGUAUCUCCCUAUCAUAUCAAAUGACUUGGAGAAGAAAGUGAUCCCCAAACUGAAGGUUUCCAGCUCAGAGUCAGAGAGUGGUGUUAAACUGCACUGCCGGGUGUAUGGGUUCUACCCCCGAGAUGUAGAAGUGAAAUGGAUAAAGAAUGAGAGACAUGAGAUUGACUCAGAGGAGGCACCAGAGAUCCUGCCAAACCCUGAUGGCACCUAUCAGAUCAGAGUGAGUGUGGAGGUAACACCAGAGGAGGGCGCCACUUACUCCUGCCAUGUGGAUCACAGCAGUUUGGAGAAUCCACUGGUUUUUCCCUUUGAAUUUGACAAGAGAAGCAUUUUCUUCAUCAUCAUCCCUGUCUGCGCGACACUGUUCAGCCUCCUCGUUAUUGUUGUUGUGUGUGUAUUUGUAUACAAAAAGAGAAAAAAAGACCAUAAGAACAAACAUAAGCGCGUUAGCACAGAAAACAAAGAUUUAAAAUCCAAAUAUACACAAAACUUGCAAUAGAUGAAUCUAUGGAGAUAAUUGAUUUCUGAGCCCAAGAUAUUUACAUUAUAUGUACGGCUAAUGGUAAGAAUAAUGGGCAUACCUUUUCCUUCCAUAAUAAUUGAGUAAUUUAUAAGGAUGUUUUUGUGGUAGGCCCAAAACAUGGGCAGUUCCUUGAGUAUUAUACCCUUUUUUUCAUUUUUUUCAUUUUUUCAACAUUUAUUUGAAGAGACUAUUUGGAAAUGCUUCCAGAAAAUGUCACACUGUGGACUGAAUUAAUCAAGGACAUUAUGCAUAAAGGACUCACUAAUUACCCCUAAUGCUUGCACUUUUUAUGGAUCCACUUAUCUUGCUACGUGACCUCACUUCCUGUUUUACCCUUUAAAUGUUUGUUAACACUGACUAUUUGUACACUUGAUAAAGGGCACUUGCCUGAAACAUGUUGUGUCUAAUAAAGAACACUAAGCAGCAA